AGACUAUUUAUUUGGGACUUCCCCUUUUUUAUAUAUAGAGUCAAAAGCUUAAAUAACUCCCCCCACUUCCAAUUCCUCUCAAAGGGCCGGCCUUGAUGUUCAAGCAUCAUUACCAAUCCUAACAAUUCCCACUUCCUCUUCAACCAUAUGCAACAACCUUUUAAUACCUUAUAUACCUACAUCCCCUCUCUUUUUUUAUGAGCAUAUAAGAGUUGCAGAGUACUAGACUUUGGUUUAAUCAAAACUUGAAACUUGUAUUAAAAAUGGGCAGGUCCCCUUGUUGCGAAAAGGCUCACACCAACAAAGGAGCCUGGACUAAAGAAGAAGAUGAUCGCCUCAUAGCUUACAUUCGCUCUCAUGGCGAGGGCUGCUGGCGCUCUCUCCCGAAAGCGGCUGGCCUUCUUCGAUGCGGUAAGAGCUGUAGGCUCAGAUGGAUCAACUAUUUGAGGCCUGAUCUUAAACGCGGCAAUUUUACUGAGGAAGAAGAUGAGCUCAUAAUCAAACUUCACAGUCUUCUUGGCAACAAGUGGUCACUUAUAGCUGGAAGAUUGCCGGGAAGAACAGACAAUGAGAUAAAGAAUUACUGGAACACUCAUAUCAGAAGAAAGCUUCUAAACAGAGGAAUUGAUCCCACAACACACAGGCCCAUGAACGAGACCAACUGCGCCCAAGAAAUCACAACAAUAUCAUUCGGGAGCGGAGCCGCCGCAGUGAACAUGAAAGAAGAGCAACAAGAAGAGGAAGAUCACAAGCUGAUGAUGAUCAAAUCAAGCUAUGUUUUUCAAGAAAACGAUGAAAAGAUGGUUAUGGAAAGAUGCCCUGAUUUGAAUCUUGACUUAAAAAUCAGCCCUCCUCAUCCACAUCAAACAGAUGCAUUGAAAACAGGGGGGAGAAACAGGGGACUCUGUUUUGCAUGCAGCUUGGGCUUACAAAACAGUAAAGAUUGUAGCUGCAACAGUAAUAAUGGUACCAGCAGCAGUAAUAAUGGUACCUCAGGUUAUGACUUUCUAGGGUUAAAAGCUGGUGGUGUCUUGGACUACAGAAGCUUGGAAAUGAAAUGAAUUUCAAUUCUUUUAUGUAUUUAAAUAUAUAUAUAAAUCAAGGGAUAACUUGUAUUAUUAGUAUAUGGAACUUUCUUCAUUCCCUUGUUUGUAAAAUUAUAAGUAAAUUUAUAGUGAUUAGUUAUAGCAGUACUAA